AAGAGGCGGCGCGGCCGCCCGCGUCCGGAGCGGGGUCUGGGGUGCGGCGGGCGGAGGCGGGGCGACCCGGCGUCUCCUCCGACCACCUGGAAAGGCCCCGUCUGGCAGGGAAGCGAGGCCGCGGGUCCGUCGCCGCUUUCCCCGCACCCAGCGCCGAGGAGCCUCGCUCCGCGCGCCAACAUGGCGGCCGGGCGCUGCGGCCCGCUGCUGACGGCGCUGGUGGCCGCCUGGGUCGCGGCGGCGGCGGCGGCGGAGGCCGGCCCCGAGCAGGCCGCGCUGCCUGAGGAGCGCAGCCGGGUGCGGCCCAUGACCGCCUCCAACUGGACGCUGGUGAUGGAGGGAGAGUGGAUGCUGAAAUUUUAUGCCCCUUGGUGUCCAUCCUGCCAGCAGACUGAUUCAGAAUGGGAGACAUUUGCAAAGAAUGGUGACUUACUUCAGAUCAGCGUGGGGAAGGUAGAUGUCAUUCAAGAACCAGGUUUGAGUGGCCGCUUCUUUGUCACCACUCUCCCGGCGUUUUUCCAUGCAAAGGAUGGAAUAUUCCGCCGUUAUCGUGGCCCAGGAAUCUACGAAGACCUGCAGAAUUAUAUCUUAGAGAAGAAAUGGCAAUCAGUUGAGCCUCUGACUGGCUGGAAGUCCCCCGCUUCUCUAACGAUGUCUGGAAUGGCUGGUCUCUUUAGCAUCUCUGGCAAGAUAUGGCAUCUUCACAACUAUUUCACAGUGACCCUUGGAAUUCCUGCUUGGUGUUCUUACGUCUUUUUCGUCCUAGCCACCUUGAUUUUUGGCCUUCUCAUGGGUCUGGUCUUGGUGGUCAUAUCAGAAUGUUUCUAUGUGCCACUUCCAAGGCAUUUAUCUGAACAUUCCGAGCAGAAUCAGGAGUCAGAGGAGGCUCAUCGGGCUGAACAGUUGCAGGAUGCAGAGGAGGAAAAAGAUGAUUCAAAUGAAGAAGAAAACAAGGACAGCCUUGUAGAUGAUGAAGAGGAGAAAGAAGACCUUGGCGAUGAGGACGAAGCAGAGGAGGAGGAGGAGGAAGACAGCCUGGCUCCUGGUGUGGAUGAGGAGAGGAAUGACACCCAGGACCAGGGGCCUUUGCGAGAGGCCCAGGAGGACCUCGACGCCCAUGAGACUGAAGAAGACGUCCCUGAGCCACCCUCUUCAGCUGACACAGAGGUGGCGGAAGACACGUUGAGGCAGCGCAAAAGUCAGCAUGCCGAUAAGGGACCAUAGGUUUAAUGACAGUAUUUCCAAGAACACAGACCACAGGAAUGUGUCAGCUUUCCUCUGGUCUGCAGUUUAAACCAAAUCCUUAUUUCUUCCUGAAUGAACAAGCUUCUCUUUAAAAAAAGCAAUCUAUAGUCAUGUAGUCUCAUGGCAUUAAGCCUCAUAUAUAUUAAUGAGAAUCUUUAGAGCAUGACAAUCAGGAUACAAAACAACAAACAUGGUGUUAGGAUCUGUUUGGGGACUUGGGAUGGGCACCAGUUUAUAUCCUUGGGGCUGGGGAGUUUUGACCAGAGGAUGCCCCCCUCAGCCCUGAUGAGCACUGUUCGUAGAUGAGGCUUCAGGCUCCGUAAAAUGGGAGCGGAGCAGCCUGAGCAUCCUCAGAGUGUCACAGGAGUCUGACUUCCUCUUGCUGUGUUAAGUAUUUGUUUUUGUCAAGCUCUAAGAAACUCCAGGCACCACUGUGCAGGGAUGCUUUUUAGAGAUAGAAAUUGAGAGGGCCCUGGAUAUGAUUGUAGAAAAGAGUUUGAAAUUCAUCCCCACUCUCUGAAGCUCCUUUUUUAUGUUUUAUUUCUUCUCUUUCACAUUUCCAGCUUUCUCCGCAGGCGCCCCCACUCGUCACAAUCCUGCCUCUGAGAGGGCUCGGGCAGCCUCGGGGGUGACGUGAGCUGCCUUCAUUCUGACUUAAGGGUUUGGAUAAUCAGGGACCGCAGCUCACGAAGCUGUGAUUGCCAAGCGUCUCGAAUGAAGUGUCGUAACUUUUGGAGAUUCAAAAGGAAGUAGGGAUUUUACAGGAGAGAUUUUUGUCGUUUUUUUGCCAAAAUUUAGUAAUUUUUUUUCAAAAAGUUCCUUUAGCAAUCUUCUUUUUGAAGCCAGCAGUCUCCGACUCUUGCCAGGACAAGGUAGUCUUGUGAAGAAAGCUUGAAUACUGUGUUGUUUUGUUUCCAUCUCAAGGGGUUCCCUGGCUCUCGAACCAUAUUAAUAAUAACUGGAAAACCAUUUCUGGUUUUCCUUCAGUGAUGUGCUUUUGCUGAAAGAAUUAAUGAAAGUGAAUAUCUAGAAAUGAAAGAUUUGGUUUCGUUUCCUUCUUCCUUAAUCUCGUAAAGAGUUUUAUCCCUGUAAAUCUCUCAAUACUCAAUCUACUAAAAGUACCCUGGGGGCCCAGUUUCUUUGAAAAAAUCCAUCCAUCUACUUCUGCCUUACCUAAUUUAUGUCUUAGAAUAAAUUUGUAAAAUUAGAUUCCAAGCUUAUGAAAGAUGUCUAAAGUUGAUCCUAUGUCCCUUGGGUCCAGACAGAAUAAUAAGUAAUACAGGUUUAUGAAAUUCAGAAAGUUUCUGUAGUUUUUAAAAAGAAAUAUGCAAUACACUCCUGUCAGGCUCUUUAAGUAAGCCUUACCUUGUGUUAGCUUUGCAGGGCUCACGGAGGGCGAGGUCCUGAAACUGCUCCCUGGUGCGGUGGAGUGAGCCUGUUGGGAGCUGCACACAAAGGGAGUUUUCAUUCUGACCGAAUCCAAUUUCUAGAUGGUUACUUUUCAUCUUUCCAACUCAGUUACCUGACAGUCUUAUCCCAGUUGAGGUACCGUGAGGUUCAUUACGAGUCGCCGAUAGUUUUUCUCUUCUGAUACCGACGUGACCUCUUGUUUGAAGUAUUCACCGAGCUGACCAGGAAAACCUUGACUUUUGCUCAUUUCUCGCCCCUCCCGCCAUGUGGGUCUCAGACAUCCUCUCCCAAAGUGCCAUGGUUCUGGUGGUGGCAGCUCCGUGUCCCUGAUACCAGGAAGCCUUCCUGGAUCAGAGCUGAGCCCGGCCUACCCUCUUGUCCCUGGAUUUCUUUCUCUCAUAAUCAGCUGGAACAGUUUUCAAGGAUCAUUAAGUUCAACUUCAGAGCUAUGGAAUAAGAAAGGUUUCAUAGUAGCUUUUCUGUAUAGUGCCCCCUGUGCCAUAUUGAAAUAUUUGGCUUUUUAAAAGUGGAGUAUUUGACUAGAGAGGCAGGAAUGAAGAAGUAAAAUCUGCUUUGGCUUUUUAUAAAUGUAAGGCCAAUUUCCAAUUGGACCCCAAAUAGUACCUAAUUCUAAGAAAAAUGUAUUUUCUUUCUCAGCAAUACGUUAAAAAAUUGGCAGAAGAGGAGCAAACAGUUUGGAGAAGACGGUCCAUUAAAAAUUGAAGUGUCUGGCUAUAGGAACCAUUUUUCUUGUUUUUCCUUUUUUUUUUUUUAACAUCCUGGCAAAACGUAGGGUUUUUACUAAAUAGCUUGGUAAGUACACAUAUAAUUUAAUUUGUUUCCACUUGAGGCCUUUAGGUUUGUUUUUAAUACUUAAUGAAUAUAAAACUAAAGGAAAAAAGCCAACCUAAAGUAAUUUAAAAUUAGAUUAACAUUUCAGUUGGAUUUUAUGGAUUUUUCUCCUGUAGAUAAUAUAUUUAAUCCAAAAGUCAAGUGCAUGGAAACAUGAUUUUGAUUUAAAAAUAAAAACAAUCAUGCUUCCCCCUGUUGCAAUAUUAGUUAUUGAAUUACAGAAUAGAACUUUAUAUAAAUAAAAAUUAGCUAAAUUAAAUAAAAGUAACUGGAUCUUGGAAUGGUGAUACGGAGCGUUCUGUGUGAGUAGUUGGAGCAGGAUGGGUGCCUUUUCACUGAUUAGGAGGAACGUUUGAUCUUUAGCUACCUUUUUCCUAGUUUCUUUUGUUAUUCAUCUCUUGCAAGAUCUGCUAAACUACCCCAACUUGCUGAGAGAGAUCAUAGGGCAGCAACAUAGAGAUGGUGCCACUUCUUUCUUUCCCUUUGAAGUGUCAGCAGUGAUUGGGGUGAGAGGUGGGGCACGUGGAGUUCACGGGGCCUUGCACUGCGGGGCGGGCGCGUACUUAAACCUGAUCUCCUGCAUGUGAUCCCUGUUAGCCACAGGCCUCCAUAGUUACAGAAAGGAAUCUCAAAUCACGCUGAGUCAAAAGUAAACAAGCUUUGUCCGGGUUGACUUCUGACAGUGGAGAAAGCCAAAUUUUUACUUGUCUACGGCCAAAACCCCUGUUUAUCGCCAAGGUGUUGCUCCAUGAUCUGGGUGUGUAUAAGCCUGCAGAGCCAGCAUCCUGGAACACCUUUGGAAUAGAUGAUAAAAAUAUCUUUUAAAUAAGUUCUUAGCACAUGACUUCUUAUUACCAAGUCCCUUAAGAGCGGAGCCUAUAUGCUGCUUUACAGGAUGAGAAACCUUAAGGACUCCAAAAAAAGGUUGAAACAACAGGGCACCCCUGAUGUUGCAGCAUAAGACCUGGAAUUGGUGUGAAGGGAGAGGUUGGUGCUUUUGCUAAUAUGCAUCAAUAGUUUACCUAUGUCCUUCAUUUCGGUGUUGAAGUUGUUUCUGCCAGUGUUAUAAAUGUGUGGUUGACCCAUCCUGUCAAAUAUAAGAAAUUUUGGAAAGUAUUCAUGUAAAUCUUUCGUGCCAACAGAAAUGUUCCUUCUUGUUUAGUAUCUCUUUAUCUCAGUCCUACAUUUUGCUCCUCUUGAGAAGAUGAUAGCUCGUCUUGAAAAGCCAAAUGUGGAGUCAUUAAGUCUGAUGAAGCCUGAUGCGGUGGCUUUUUGGGCAUCUUUCCUGACCCAGGAGGGUUGACUGGAAGGGCUUUGAGAGUUUCAGACCAGGACAUGGCCUUCAGAUGGCUUAUUCUCAGUGAAGUUUCAUGUGACCUGUGACGCUGUAUGUGUGUGACUUACAGAACUUUAACAUGUUUCUGAUGUAGUGUAAUCAUAAUUUGUUACUAAAUAGCCUCUUCAUGCAGAUGCAAUUUUUAUACUAAAAAUACUGUUUAUUUGUAUUGCAAUUCGUUAUAAAUUCGUUAUCCAUA